UCGUCCAAAAAACGGGACCUAACCAACAGAUCCUUCAAGCUUCAGGCUCAUCAGCUGGUUGACCUCGGCACCAAACUCAUCCGGCAGCUCAUUGAAAACAUCCCUGCAAAAACCAGAGAUCAUAGCAGCCAUGGCUUUCUCGUAGUCAAUGCCUCUCUGUUGGAACCAGCCCAGCCCAUCUUCAGAACUUACAAGCACAAGAGACAAAAUGAAUACAGGAAAUCACAAUUCGAUCAACUCUCACUGGACAAGAUAUUACUUUCAACAUCAGACAAGGCAUCAGCAUCAUCAUACAUCAUUAACAGUAAAACUCAACCAUUGGAACACAAAAUAUCAUCACGGAAAAUGCCAACCUUUAACUCCACACACAAUGCUCGGAGAAAAAUCAAGGUUAAAAAACGGAUAAGUAUUGGCUGCAGCUUUAUCCCCAAUCAGCAUCGAAUCACAUUGAGACGAGUUCUUCGCAUUAUCCGCACCCGACAUCACCUGAACAAGGCCUCUGUAACAAUUCCUCGAAUUUCCUGCCGAAAUCCCUUUCGAAAUAAUCCUGCUCCUCGUGUCCUUCCCCUUGUGUAUCAUCUUAGUGCCCGUAUCUGCUUGCUGGUAGUUAUUCGUGAGGGCCACCGAGUAAAACUCCCCAACAGAUCCAUCCCCUUCCAACACAACACUCGGAUACUUCCAAGUUAUAGCCGAGCCAGUUUCCACCUGAGUCCAAGAGAUCUU